AUGACUACAAUUUUAUAUAAAAAUAAAAAUUAUAUAGCUCAACAAAUAUUACAAACAUUAAAAAAAUGUUAUAUUAAUAAAAAAAGAAAAAUUAAAUAUAAUAAAUAUAAUUAUAUUAAUAUAAAAUUAACAUAUAUAUAUUCACAAAUAUUAUUUUUCUUAAUAUCUUCGUUUAUUUUUUUCUGAAUAUUAAAACAAUUUUAUUUAAUUAGAUUUAUUUAUUAA